AUGGAUGACAGGUUCACAAAAGAAGACUUGAAGCAGCUGAUGAACAGGGCUACGCCACACUAUCAGACGGGCAGAUUGGUCCUCUGCAAAUAUCUUUACAGGAACAAACCGCUGAAAUAUUUCGAGGACAUUGUAAACAAGAGAUCAUCUAUCAUGAAAACGUACGUUAAAGACAACAGUGGAGACCCUAGGAACCCCAUUAACGGAAAGCUAAAUGGCUUGUUUUUUUUGGCCAGCGUUAACAAGGGUUCUUUAACUGGAGAACCUAAAAAAACUUCACAGUUUGGCAACACAAGACUAACCGUUCCUGUUAAUAUUUUGUUUGACGUUCAUAACUGCAAACUUUAUUUUACAGAUUUUUUCUGCAUGCGAGGUAAGGAGCAUUUUGUAACUUUGGUAUUAACACUUGAAAACUCAGAAGCUGACAGAUUUUGCCAGGAAAAAUUGAUCCCAUUGAACGUAUUCAACAAUCCCUUUUUGAUGUACGACCUCCAUUCAGCGUCCUUCCGAGUACCUGACUGCAAAAUAUUCACAGUUGAGGUCUUCUACACAGAAAACGUCAACUUGCAUUCAGGAAAAAUCACUAAAGUCAAAACAAUAGGAAACAGAAGAUUUUCCAGGAAAGGCGUUCCAAAAAAUCCAGAAUGUUCUUUGUGCAAUUUGCCAUAUGAUUCGCUUAGAGCGAAUAGUAUGCUGGAUGCAUUUAUUCAUUUGCAAAUGUGA